UCUUUUGUUUUCAAUCCUUCCAUUGUUGAAUGGUGUUGUGAAAAUGCACCUGCCUUGCCUUGUGUGUUUGACAGUUUCCUGUUUAUCUUUUAUUGUUUUAUCAAUUCAACCUGCUGGGAAACACAUAUGCAUAAUAGCCCUUUGGGUAAUUCUGGUGUAUUUACAUUUCUAUGAUUAUCUCUGUGCAUAAUAUAUUCUAAAUAAACAAAUAAGUUUCUGCUGCAGAGAGCAGAUAGAUAGAGGAUUGUUGCCUACCGGAUGUAAGACAUUGGACAAUUUUAAUAGGACAUCAAAACAAAACAAACAAACAAAAAUAGUCCAGUGAAUCUAAUAUCAUCAUUGUUUUUGAUGUGGAAUGCACUGCCAUGGUUCUUGUCUCCUCAGGGGGAGACAGGUGAUGUUGGACCAGCUGGUGAUGUUGGACCUAAAGGUGCCCUGGGUCCCAUCGGACCUCCUGGUGAAACGGGCCCACCGGGAUCUCCGGGCGAACAAGGCUUAGCUGGGCUUCAGGGGCCACCUGGUCUGAAAGGAAACCUGGGAGUCCAGGGACCCCAGGGACCCCCCGGAGAAAUCGGCCAAGCUGGUCCCAAGGGUUCAUGUGGUGAACCAGGAGUUGUCGGCCCUCCUGGUCUUCCAGGAUUAAAAGGUUUGGCAGGGGAGCCAGGCUUUCCGGGCCAACCGGGGGUUGCAGGGCGGCCAGGCUUGAAAGGCCAUAAGGGGGAGAGAGGAGAGAGCGGCUCCAAAGGAAACCGGGGGCAGCGAGGAGAAGAUGGAGAACCAGGAACUCCCGGCGUACCUGGUGAUGUGGGACCCAAAGGAUGGAAAGGAGAGAGGGGAUUAAAAGGUGAAAGUGGGCCAAGAGGGCCAGAAGGGAAGAAGGGUGAUACAGGCCAUUUGGGUAUUGUUGGUCCCCGGGGAUUUCCUGGCCAAGAUGGACUUCCGGGUCAGCCCGGCCAACCUGGAUAUCCCGGAAAACCGGGCAAAUCUCCUUCAGAUGAACAUCUUCUUAAGAUGUGUGCGGAUGUUUUGCGCAACCAGCUCCCAGCACUCCUCCAGAGCCUCGCCCUCCAAGCAACAUGUGAGAGCUGCAACACUGUGAAGGGACCCCCGGGUGAGCCCGGAGCACCAGGACCCAAAGGGUCCAUGGGAGCUGCAGGCUACCCCGGAAGAAGUGGUGCUCCAGGUUACCCAGGACCACCUGGAAUGCAGGGUCCGGCAGGCAUCAAAGGGGACAUCGGAGAGAGAGGGCCCAAAGGCAGCAAAGGAGAAGGUUACAAAGGACCUCCAGGACCUCCUGGACAGCCAGGAAUGCAGGGUCCUCGAGGCUUUGAUGGUAUUGGCUAUCCAGGCAGUCAAGGAAUUCAAGGAAAACCUGGACUACAAGGAGAUCCCGGUAAACAGGGCAUCCCAGGUCUUCCAGGAGUUUGCGAUGUGUCCAUGUGUUAUCGGACCUACAACCACAGGCAACAUUACAACAAAGGGCCGGAUGUCUGAAAAACUGGAUUUAGCUCUCCGUCCAGAUGUUUGGAGGAAGUCAUUCACUGUAUCACUGCUGACUCCCUCAAAAGAGACUGUGUGGGAAUCAUUGCACUGGAGGCAGUCGGAACCUCAUUACGUUGGAAAUGCAGUCUAAGACCAUGAGGUUCACCAUGAAACGCAGCCAGUAGUCCAGAAGCCAAGGCUCUUCCAAAUACCAUCCCAGAUGAUUCCCAAUUCCUGAACUGAAAAGUAGGGGAUGUUUUUAAUUCAUCGACGGAGAGACUGAUAUUUUGGUCAAUAAAAAUAUCUACCUCUACUUUUCUCUGACAAUUGUUUGUCAAAAUCCUCGACAGAAACAUUUUGAGUCCCUCCAGUUUUUUGCAAUUCCACAACUGCGGAAAUUUACUCAAAAUCAACAGAUUCCCACAUUUUUUCCCCACAUUCCCACCCUAAUGCAUAAUUGUGAGAUUAUUAUAAAUGUUCCAGAUUCUAACACCCGCCUGCAGGUGGCAGUAUUUCCUACUUUUACUACACUGCCUCCUCAGCCUUACUUGAUGCCAAGUUAUAAUCCAUAAUCAAUAAGGGGAGUAACAAAAAUCAAGUUAUUUAAGUUCUUUAAAGAUUAAAUAAGUAUUUGUUCAAUUUGCCUGCUUUUUUUUUAUUUUUUAUUUCUAAUAUUUUUCUCAUAGAUGUAGAUUUUGGAAGUGGCUUCAUGAGGGUUUCGCAAAAUUCCUUACAAAUAGGAUCCCCUCAAAGUCAGUGAUUUUGAAUAAAAAUAAAUAAAAAAUUCACAAAAACAGUCGUGAAAUCUUGGAGGGACUGUAACCUGCUUUGUGUUUUGUUGUUUCUCUCAAUAUCUGAUUCAGAAUCAUUUGGAAAUGUUGUCAUGGAAACCAUUCAGUAUUUAUGACUUAGCAUUUUAUCUGUCUUUUCACUUUCAUUGCAGCAAUCACACCCUGGUGUAUUAGACGCUUGGUGUUGAUAACCUGAAUGGAAUAUGCUGUUAUUUUUGAUGAGGCAAAACAUUAUGACCACCUGCCCAAUAGAAUCUUGUCUCCCCUUUUGGUGCCAACCCAGCCCUGAGCUGUCUUGGUAAGGACUCCACCAGAACCCUGCAGAUGUGCAGAUGUGCUGUGGCAUCUGGUGGCACUGUGUCUGUAGUUUGACCAGUUUGACCAAGUGGGAGGUGGGGCCUGUAGGAAUCAGGCUUGUUUUUCCAAUUCAUUCCUCACAUGCUGGGCUGGGUAGAGAUCAGAGGGAUUUGGAGACCAAGUCAACACAAUCAAAUCCUUCCUGAAGAAUUUUGGCUCUGUGCAAGGGUGCUUCCUAUGCAUAUGUACUUCUAUAAGCA